GCGCAGCGCCGGCGCUCCAUCAGUCCAUCUUCCUCGCAGCGCCGCUCAGGGCUCAGGCUCGGUCCCUCAGCCCAGAUCUUCUGCUCCUUCCCCCAACUCGCGGUCUCGCGCUCAGGCUCGGUCGCGGGGAUCGGAUCUUCCGCGCGUCGGCGGCUCCCUCUCGGCGGCGUCCAGCGACGGAGGGGCAGUCCCAGGCUCGGCGGCGGCGUCGGCGGCUCCCCCUCCCGCCUCUCGCCAGUCGCCUCGCGCCCUCGCCUCCGUCCUCCGCGCACCGGCCGGCGACCCUGCGGAGUAGCUAUGUCUUCUUCAGUGGAAUCAUCAUACCUUCCUGCUACAACUGAGUCAUUGGCCAAGGCUCAAGAGGCUAAGGAUGCCACAGAGUCCAUUUCAAUCCUUUACCGUGUCAUUCAGGAUCCAUCUUCUUCUGCUGAUGCUCUGAGAACAAAAGAAGUUGCAAUUACAAAUCUUACAAACUACCUCACUAAAGAGAACAGAGCUGAGGAGCUGCGUAAUCUUUUGACCCAGCUCAGGCCAUUUUUCGCAGUUAUUCCUAAGGCAAAGACUGCAAAAAUUGUCCGUGGAAUAAUUGAUGCUGUCGCCAAGAUACCUGGAACAUCUAGUCUUCAAAUUUCACUCUGCAAGGAAAUGGUGGAAUGGACCCGUUCGGAGAAGCGUACUUUCCUCCGGCAGCGUGUAGAGGCGAGAUUGGCGGCUCUCCUGUUAGAGAAUCAGGAGUAUACUGAAGCCCUUACCCUCCUUACUAGUCUUAUCAAGGAAGUCAGGAGGCUUGAUGACAAGUUACUUCUUGUGGACAUUGACCUUCUGGAAAGCAAACUCCAUUUCUCCCUGAGAAACCUGCCAAAGGCCAAAGCGUCCCUAACUGCUGCUAGAACAGCAGCAAAUGCCAUUUAUGUUCCACCUGCCCAGCAAGGCACUAUUGAUCUCCAGAGUGGAAUCCUCCAUGCUGAAGAAAAGGAUUACAAGACUGCAUACAGCUACUUCUUUGAAGCAUUUGAAGCUUUCAGUGCACUGGAGGACCCGAAGGCCAUUUUCAGCCUGAAGUACAUGCUGUUGUGCAAGAUAAUGGUUAACCAAGCUGAUGAUGUUGCAGGGAUAAUCUCAUCUAAGGCUGGCCUAAAAUAUCUGGGUCCUGAUGUUGAUGCUAUGAAGGCUGUUGCUGAUGCAUACUCUAAAAGAUCUCUCAAGUAUUUUGAAACUGCCCUUCGCGAUUACAAGUCCCAGCUGGAGGAGGACCCUAUUGUCCACAGGCAUCUUUCUUCUCUGUAUGAUACGCUCUUGGAGCAGAACCUCUGCAGGUUGAUUGAACCCUACUCAAGGGUGGAGAUUGCGCAUAUAGCAGAGAUGAUUGAAUUGCCGGUUGACCAUGUUGAGAAGAAGCUGUCGCAGAUGAUCCUCGACAAGAAAUUUGCUGGGACUCUAGAUCAAGGUGCUGGCUGCCUCAUUAUCUUUGAGGAUCCCAAGACGGAGGAGAUCUUCCCUGCCACUCUCGAAACCAUUUCGAAUGUCGGGAAGGUUGUGGACAGCCUUUACGUGAGGUCGGCCAAGAUCAUGGCUUGAAAACAGCUAGUCUUACCUGUUUGCUCUGAUUUCAUUUUCAGUUCUGUGUCGAUGUCCUCAGACAUUUAGUCCUUCAUCAAUAUUUGACAGUUUAUUGUGCAUGUUGCCUCUCAAUUUAGUUCAACCAAACAUACUGUCUUGCUUGCUACUUACUGCUAGGAACAAGACAGUUUGCUGUUUCUGCGUGGUGAAAGUACUGUGAACAGUUGCUGGUCCCAAGCAAAAAUUAUACUUAUUGUGCUA